AUGAGUCAACAGGGUUAUGUUGCCGCACCCCCAUACUCCCAGGCCCAGCCAGGGAUGGGGGGCUACCAAGGUGGAUUUGGAGCUAGUCCUGCACAGCCCCUCUAUGGGCACUAUGGGGGACCACCUCAGGCAUUCGCCGCUCCACCAACAGGUAUGAUGAAACCACCAGUUCCCUCUGCUGGCGGUAUGCCUCCACCUCCAGCGUCCAAUCAGUACAAUCCAAAUGUCCAGCAGAAUGGCGCACAUCCACAAAGGUACCCUGCUCCACCAGCCAAUUCAGCUUAUGGACAACCUCUACAGUCCCCAUACAACAGCAUGGCUUCUACGGCCCCGCCUCCAGCACAGCAGCUCACCAAUCAGAUGAGUUCCAUGAACUUGGGCAACUACGCCCCAGGUCCCAUGCAGAGCCCACCACCUCCAACGAGCUCUGUAAUCCAGCAGCCUUUCCAGACUUCCCCUCCACCAGCAAUGGGCCAGCCGCAGAUGCCUCCAGGCCCGCAGUUACCCCACAUGUCUCCACCACAGUCACCCCUAGCAAGCAUGCAGAUGUCCGGCCCCCCGAUGUCCGGCCCCCCGAUGUCCGGCCCCCCGAUGUCCGGCCAUCCGAUGUCCGGCCCCCCGAUGUCCGGCCCCCCGAUGUCCGGCCAUCCGAUGUCUGGCCAUCCGAUGUCUGGCCAACCGAUGUCCGGCCCCCUGAUGUCCGGCCAACCGAUGUCCGGCCAACCGAUGUCCGGCCAACCGAUGGCGGGCCCUCCGAUGUCCGGCCCUCCAAUGGCAGGCAUGGGUAGACCCUUCCCCGGGCCACCUCCUUCAGGCCCCGGAGGUUUCCAGCAGCCUGGUCUCGGAGCUGCUGGUCCACCAGGAUACCCACAGCAAGCAGGUCAGUUUGGGGGACACAUGGCUGGACCCCAGCCAGGCAUGCCAGGGGCCUUCCCUGGCGCACCAGGCGGACUGGCUGGACCACCUCAGAAGAAACUGGACCCUGACUCUAUCCCCAGCAUAACUCAAGUCAUUGAGGAUGAUCAAGUAAAGCGAGGGGGACAGGUCUACAGCACAAACAUCAGAGGACAGGUUCCACCUCUGGUCACCACUGACUUCACAGUACAGGACCAAGGCAAUGCCAGUCCCAGAUUUAUGCGCUGCACUACCUACUCCUUACCCAGCACCGCCGAUCUGGCCAAACAGUGCCAAGUGCCCCUGGCUGCCAUCAUAAAACCCUUUGCCAAUUUGCCAAAGAAUGAGACUCCUCUGUAUGUUGUGAACCAUGGUGAGACGGGCCCAAUCCGCUGCAAUCGGUGCAAGGCCUACAUGUGCCCCUACAUGCAGUUUAUUGAUGGGGGGCGUCGCUACCAGUGUGGUUUCUGCAACUGUGUCAAUGAAGUGCCAGUUUUCUUUUUCCAACAUCUUGACCACAUGGGCCGGAGGGCGGACUUUUAUGAGAGGCCUGAGCUGUCCCUGGGAUCCUACGAGUUUGUAGCCACCCUGGACUACUGCAAGAACAACAAGCUUCCAAAUCCCCCUGCCUACAUCUUUAUGAUCGAUGUGUCCUAUAACAACAUUAAAAGUGGACUGGUCAAACUGAUAUGUGAUGAGCUGAAGACUCUACUGGAGAAUCUGCCCAGUGAGGAAGGUACGGAGAGCUCUGCCAUUAAUGUUGGCUUCGUCACCUACAACAAGGUCCUCCACUUCUACAACGUGAAGAGCGCUUUGGCCCAGCCCCAGAUGAUGGUGGUUUCAGACACCGCCGAGAUGUUUGUCCCGCUGCUCGACGGCUUCCUCGUCAACUAUCAGGAGUCGAAGGCCGUUAUCUACAACCUCCUGGACCAAAUCCCUGAUAUGUUUGCAGAGACCAACGAGAGUGAAACGGUCUUUGUUCCUGUCAUCCAGGCCGGCGUGGAGGCCUUCAAGGCAGCAGAAUGUAGCGGAAAGCUCUUCAUCUUCCAGUCCUCCAUGCCAACUGCUGAGGCUCCUGGCAAACUGAAGAACAGGGACGACAAAAAGCUGGUCAACACGGAGAAGGAGAAAACCCUGUUCCAGCCUCAGAAAGGAGUGUAUGAGCAGCUGUCUAAGGAGUGUGUGGCACAGGGCUGCUGUGUGGAUCUCUUCCUCUUUCCUAGCCAGUACAUGGACAUUGCUACCAUGGCUGAUGUGCCCUCGCACACCGGAGGCUCCGUCUACAAGUACAACAACUUCCAGGUGGAGACUGACGGGGAGCAUUUCCUGAGAGACCUCAGGAAAGACGUGCAGAAGAGCAUCGGCUUUGACGCCAUCAUGCGUGUUCGUACCAGUACAGGUUUCAGAGCCACCGAGUUCUUUGGUGCCGUCCACAUGAACAACACCACAGAUGUAGAGAUGGCAGCUGUGGAUUGCGACAAGGCGAUGACCGUAGAGUUCAAGCAUGACGACGCGCUCAGUGAGGAGACUGGGGCACUCAUGCAGUGUGCUUUGCUGUACACCACCGUCAAUGGACAGCGACGUCUCCGCGUCCACAACCUCAGUUUGAACUGCAGCUCACAGUUGUCGGAGUUGUACAAGAGCUGCGAGACCGACUCACUCAUCAACUUCUUUGCCAAAUCAGCUUGCCGUGCCAUAUUGAACCAGCCUCUGAAGAAUGUGAGGGAGAUCCUGGUCAACCAGACGGCCCACAUGCUGGCCUGCUACAGGAAGAACUGUGCCAGCCCCUCAGCUGCCAGCCAGCUGAUCCUGCCUGAUGCCAUGAAGGUGUUUCCGGUCUACAUGAACAGCCUCAUGAAAACUGCUCCCUUGGUCGGCAGCACAGAGCUCUCAACAGACGACCGAGCCCAUCAAAGGCUGUUGUUAAUGGGCAUGGGGGUGGAGGACACUCAGCUGCUGCUCUACCCACGUCUCACCCCACUGCACAACGUGGACGUCAACGUCGAGGCUCAGCCUGCUCCGGUGCGCUGCUCGGAGGAGCGUCUGACAGACUCUGGCAUGUUCCUGCUGGAGAACGGCCACUCCAUGUUUCUGUGGCUGGGCCAAGCGAGCCCCCCAGAGCUCAUCCAGAGCAUCUUCAACCUGCCCUCCCUCGCCCACCUGCAGGGUCACAUGUGUGCGCUGCCAGAGCUGGACAAUCCAUUAUCAAACAAGGUCCGAUCCUUCAUCGAUGGCCUGAUUGAAAAGAGGCCGAAUUCUAUGAAGCUCAACAUCGUGAGGCAGAAAGACAAACCAGAGAUGUUGUUCCGUCAGUUCCUGGUGGAGGAUAAAGGUCUGCACGGCGGAGCUUCCUACAUGGACUUCCUUUGCUACGUUCACCGAGAAAUCAGGCAGCUGCUCACCUAACCAACACACACACACACACACACACACACACACACCCGGACGCAUGGCCUCAGUGUCUCCCAUCGACGAGCCUGGGAUGAGUUCACCAUGGACCGUGCACAAACCUCACAGGGUCAGUCUCCACAGAAAGAAACCGUUUCAAUGUUUCACAAAGACAGAGGAAGAAACCAGGGACCAGGGAGAGCCUUUUGAGAUUCAACCUUGAGAGUCCACAGCUGCCUUUCAACAUGCUUUUGUCACCCUUAAGUGUACACACAGUAUGAUCUUCAAAUGACCACUUGUCCAUCUCUUACUUAGAAGUUCUUCAAGUGACAACACAUCCAGCAGUUCCAGCACAGAGACACUUUGUGGGAUGAAAAGUGGAGACUGGAAUGAGAUCAGAGUCGGCAGCCAAUCAGGUUUUACAUUUCACUUUGUAGGUUUACAGGCUUAGACAAGAGGUUAUUUGUGGGCAAUACUGUAGCUGUUCACUUUGGAACUCAAUACAGCUUGCCAGUCUUUAUUAAAUAUAUAUAUAUAUAUAUAUAUAUAU